AUGGGAGGGAUUGAGAUGCACUGCAUCAAAUGGCUCGUUUUUUCCUGCGCGGUAUUCUUUGCUGUUUUCCUAACAGACGAGGUGCGGGCACAGCACGCGCCACCAGAUGGAACAGACGCAAGUUCUGCUGACGAGUCCCAAUUUCUCAGCAGUAUCCGACAGCUCACUUAUGACGGAAAGCGUGCUGGUGAGGGGUAUUUCUCCGAAGACGGCAAUGCGCUCAUCUUCCAAAGUGAGCGCGAAGCGGAUAAUCCGUUCUAUCAAAUCUAUCUUUUAGACCUACUGACAGGCGAUACGCACCGUGUCUCACCCGGUAUGGGGAAGACAACUUGUGCUUUCUUCCGUCCAGGGACCGAUGAAGUGCUUUACGCUUCGACCCAUCACGAUGCUUUUGCGAAAGCAAAACAGGAAGAGGAGCUGAAAUUCCGGGCAUCGGGAAAAGAAAGACGCUACAGUUGGGAUUACGAUGAAAAGAUGGACAUCUUCUCGUCAAACCGAGAUGGUAGUAACCUCAAACAACUGACAAACGCGCCCGGCUAUGAUGCUGAAGCCUCAUAUUCGCCUGAUGGCAAACGUAUCGUUUUCUGUUCGCUCCGGAACGCAUAUCCCAAAAGUCAACUCUCCCCAAAGGACCUGAAGCAGCUGGAAGUCGAUCCCGCCUAUUUCGGCGAAAUUUAUAUCAUGAACGCCGACGGAUCCGAUCAAAUUCAAUUAACGGAUUCUCCGGGCUACGAUGGUGGUCCUUUCUUUACACCCGAUGGGCAGUAUAUCGUUUGGCGACACUUCACACCUGACGGCAGCGAAGCCGACAUCUACACAAUGCGGAUAGAUGGUUCAAGUGUGCGGCGACUCACCGAUUUCGAUAGUAGACAUGAGCCAGUUCGUGUUACCACAACCGAUGGGUUUGACGGACUACCUGUCUUUUCACCGGAUGGCAGCCGUCUGUGCUGGACCUCGACUCGGAACAGCCAAGAGGUUUCGCAACUUUACCUCGCCGACUGGAAUCACGAAGUCGCACUGAAGGCAGUUACAUCGGCACCAAGGAGCCACAACUCACCCAGGCAUCCGGUCCAAACGGUUUCCGACUCCGAAUCCUUUAAAAAAACGAAUAUCCGUCAACAUAUUGAAUUUCUUGCUGACGAUGCGCUUGAAGGUAGGAUGACCGGUUCAGAAGGCGCGAAACGCGCAGCGGAGCAUAUCGCCACCCAAUUUGAAGAACUUAAUCUCAAACCUAUCGGUGAUGAAACGAGUUACUUCCAAACCUUUGAGUUCACUGCGGGUAGACGGAUCAUAUCUGAAGAAAACCGGUUCCACAUCACACGUCAGAUGCAUGGUGCUGAACAGGAGUUAGCGUACAGCGUGGAACAAGAUUUUCAGCCGCUCUCUUUCUCUCGUAACGGGGUCGUUGAAGGUGAAGUCGUCUUUGUUGGGUAUGGGUUAUCAGUCCCCGGUGAGUUAGGUGAAGGUUAUGACGCUUAUGCGGGGUUAGAUGUGAAGGACAAAAUAGUCGUCGCACUUCGCUAUGUUCCCGAAGAGGUAGCACCCGAACGCCGCCAGCAACUGAAUCGGUAUGCGGGGCUCCGAUACAAGGCGAUGCAAGCACGGGAGCAUGGGGCAAAGGCGUUUCUUGUUGUCGCCGGACCAAACUCGCCAAAUGCAGGCAAGUUGAUUCCGCUUGACUUCGACAGUAGCCUCGCAGAUUCGGGCAUUGUCACUGCGUCAAUAAGUGAUACCGUCGCGAAUGCACUCUUUGCCCCAUCCGGCAAGGACCUGAAAGAGGUUCAGUCCGGACUUGAUGUAGAGAAUCCACAUUUCCUUGGACAAUUUCCGUUACCCGAUGUCAAGAUUAAAAUCGUCGUUUCGGUUGAGAAAGUUAAGAAAACCGAUCAGAAUGUCAUCGCGCUUCUCCCAUCACCGCAAUUAACAGAUGACACCGAGUACAUCAUUAUCGGUGCACACUACGAUCAUAUCGGCUACGGUGAAAUCGGUUCAUUGGCGCGGAAGGAUGAGGAGGGACAGAUUCAUAAUGGCGCAGAUGAUAAUGCCUCCGGCACCGCUGUCGUUUUAGAAUUGGCGGCGACACUCAGCGAAGCGUCCCAAGAAUAUCCCGAAAAAUUUAACAGAGGCGUUAUCUUCGCACUCUGGUCGGGAGAGGAACUUGGACUCAUCGGGUCCACCCACUUUGUCAACCAUCCCGUUAUCCCUUUAGAGAAAGUAGUGGCGUACGUCAAUUUCGAUAUGGUGGGACGACUCCGUGACAACAAACUCAUCUUGCAAGGUGUCGGCUCGUCAUCUGUGUGGACGAAACUCAUUGAAAAGCGGAAUGUCCCCAUCGGUUUCAAUCUAACAUUACAGACCGAUCCGUAUCUGCCAACAGACGUGACUGCCUUCUAUCCGAAAGAGGUGCCGGUGCUCAGCUUCUUCACAGGCGGACACGAAGACUAUAAUCGUCCAACGGAUGAUAUAGAAACACUCAAUUAUGACGGGCUUGAACGGAUCUCUAAAUUAGCGCACGGCAUUGUUUUAGAUGUCAUUAGUAUCCUUGAACGUCCGGAAUAUCUCCAGGUCGAACGGAGCCAGUCAGAAGGUGGGAGUCGCGAUACGCUGCGUGCCUAUCUUGGCACGAUUCCUGACUAUACAACGGAAGGCACUGGUGUUAAACUCUCUGGUGUUCGCGCCGGUGGUCCCGCUGAUAAAGCCGGUUUGAAGGGUGGCGAUGUUAUUGUGGAAUUUGGAGGGCAGCAGAUCGCUAACAUCUACGACUACACCUAUGCCCUUGAUGCUGUGAAAAUUGGAGAACCGGUCGAAGUUGUUGUUUUACGAGAUGGAAAACAGGUAAAACUGACGGUUACGCCUGAGGCGCGGGAAUGA